CUGUCAUAUGAUCAGCUUCCCGUUUGUUUGUGUUCAUGCAGCAAGCUAACCGCUUCCCACUAUGAAACCUCCUCAUCUGUAUCCAAACUAAACAUUUAAUCCACACCGACCCCACCUCAAUCACUCAAACAGAUCCUAGGAAGUCAACAUAGACAGAUCAAAGGGAUUUGAAGCUUAAAAUAUAGAUUUAUAAUGUCGAUGGAGUACGAGGAGCAGCUAGCCGGAAGCCUGGUGGACUCUUUCCCCAAAGAUUUCGGCUACGGCGUGGAAAACAUGGACAUGAUGCAGGAGAACAUGGAAAACUCUCCCUCUGCAGACAAUAAACCCAGAAUCCUGCUGAUGGGACUGAGGAGAAGCGGGAAGUCCUCCAUCCAGAAGGUGGUGUUUCAUAAGAUGUCUCCCAAUGAGACGCUGUUCCUGGAGAGCACCAACAAGAUCUACAAGGACGACAUCUCCGGCAGUUCCUUCGUGAACUUUCACAUAUGGGACUUUCCAGGGCAGGUGGACUUUUUCGACCCGACCUUCGAUUACGAGAUGAUUUUCAGGGGCACCGGCGCGCUGAUCUUCGUCAUCGAUGCUCAGGAUGACUAUGUUGAAGCAUUAGGGCGGCUACAUCUCACUGUGUCGCGGGCGUUCAGGGUGAACCCGGAGAUCAAUUUUGAGGUGUUUAUACAUAAGGUGGACGGGUUAUCAGACGAUCAUAAGAUAGAGACGCAGAGAGACAUUCAUCAGAGAGCUAAUGAUGAUCUAGCUGACGCCAGUCUGGAAAAGCUUCACCUCAGUUUCUAUCUGACCAGCAUCUAUGAUCACUCCAUAUUUGAGGCCUUCAGUAAAGUGGUCCAGAAACUCAUCCCUCAACUUCCCACACUGGAAAACCUCCUCAACAUAUUCAUCUCUAAUUCUGGGAUUGAGAAAGCGUUCCUGUUCGACGUGGUCAGUAAGAUCUACAUCGCCACGGACAGCUCUCCGGUGGACAUGCAGUCGUACGAGCUCUGCUGUGACAUGAUCGAUGUCGUCAUUGACGUCUCGUGUAUUUAUGGUCUAAAAGACGACGGCAACGGUAACGCUUAUGAUAAAGAGUCUCUGGCCAUCAUAAAGUUGAACAACACCACAGUGCUUUACCUGAAGGAGGUCACCAAGUUCCUGGCUCUGGUCUGCAUCCUGAGAGAGGAGAGCUUCGAGAGGAAAGGUUUGAUAGACUACAACUUCCACUGCUUUCGAAAGGCCAUCCACGAGGUAUUCGAGGUGAGCAGCUCCACCCAGAGGACGGGAGUGGCGGUGCAGUCCAGCCCCCCCAGCAGCAGCGGUAACGGCCUGUCCCGGCUCAAAUCAGCAGCGCUCAACGGUACACCUAGGAGCCUGGUUUAACCUAGGACACACGGACCUCUGAGAACACAGGCCUUCACACUAGUGCGCUGAACAUGCGCUAAGGUACACGUGAGAUUACUGGAGCGUUUCUCUAGCUAUACCUGCAGUUCCAGGACCUGAGAGACACAACAGGACACUCAUACAGGAGAGACUACAUUGCUGCUUUUUAUGAUAUUUUGGUGUGUGUGUGUGUGUGUGUGUGUGUGAGAGAGAGAGAGAGAGAGAGAUUGUGUGCAAACACAACAUCAGCUGUUGUAAUAGAAGGGAAAUGGAAAACUUUAGUUUAGCCAACAGAAUGAGACGCAAUGAAAUGGUGUUACACUGAGCAAAUCUAGACUCAAAACUAGUGAGCUGCCUAUAAUUUUUUUAAUCCUUAUGUGUUUAAGGUGGCUAAAAGUGCUGUCUAGGUGUGGCAAUCCACUUUUCAGUGGUUUGCGUGUGAAUCUCAAACAUGUUCAAGUGAUAUUUCACCAAAAAAUCUAAAUGAGAAAAUUGCUUAUGUAAAAUUUAGCCGGUUUGUAGCUGCAUUAAGAUGUUUACAUUGUUUUUAACAAAACACAUUUUACCCAAAUUCUCAUAAUUGCUGAAAGGUAACUUUUUUUUGUAAUUCUCAGUUUUUCAUUACUUUAAUGCAGUAUUUUUAUUAUAAUAAAUACUGUAUUAUAUAAAUCAGUAUAAAUUUGUACGAUAAAUUUAUUUGCCAUUCAAAAUAAUAUAUUUUUCACAUUUUUAAUGAGAAUAUAGUUGUUGUUUUUUUACAGUAUUAAGAAUUUGGUUAAAAUGGUGCUUUCAUUAAAAUAUUGUCACAAUGUAACGACUAGAUUAGAAAUAGGCUUCAUUUUCUUUAAGCAAUAUCUUUCCUAUUUCAUUCUUUUGAUUUGGGGUGAAAAAUGACCUGGACAUGUUAGAUUCACCCAUGAAACAGAUCUGUUAAUGCAGUUUCACUCCCUUUUGUAGCAAAAUUCCCAGACCUUUAAGAUUGCGGUUGUUAAUAUUGGCCAGUCCUGUGAUUGUGUUGGCUGUCGCUGUUAUUUACUCCUGACCUACACAAAGGGAAAGACGUUUUCGAACGUCAUCAUGUUUCUGUGAACCUACAGCAAAAUGAAUCACAUACAGAGACUUUUAUAAGCAUCUGCCCAGACCAACAGGAAGAGUGUGUUUUGCCAUUAAAGGGUUUUUCCACAGUUGUGAUAUACUGAGAUAUGUGGGGAAUAAUAAUGCUCAAGUUUGUUGAAUAUGAGAUAAAGGUAUUAUGUUUUCAAAUGACAAGUCCCAGGGUCCAAAAUAACCCUUUUUUACAUGAUUCAUUGUUUUAGUCAUGUUCAAAAAUUCCCCUUUCUUGAAAUGAUAUAAUGUGGGCUGUGUGUGUCUAUGUAAAUGUGUACAAGAAACUCACUGCUGAAUGUGAUUGUAGAAUGAGUGUAUGUUAUUUUUUUUUCUAAUAAAGUGUAAAAGAAUAAGAUAUUAAUUUUGUGAUUGAAUUAUAAAGAUUAUUACUUGUAAAAUAUCAGGAAAAUGAUAUUUGUUUACUUAUGGUAUAUUUUGUCUCAGAGCACGCUGAUAAAUUAAAGCUAUAUUCAUUUGA